CCUCACUUUUUUUUUUUUGCUGGAGUGAGCUCUGGCUGGUGUGCAGAAAAGCAGAGAGAGAAAGCAAGCAAAGGGAUCCUGUCUGCAGGACUGGAGAGUAAGCUGGGGAUCCUGUCUGCAGGACUGGAGAGUAAGCUGAGGAUCCUGUCUGCAGGACUGGAGAGUAAGCUGGGGAUCCUGUCUGCAGGACUGGAGAGUAAGCUGAGGAUCCUGUCUGCAGGACUGGAGAGUAAGCUGGGGAUCCUGCCUGUAGGACUGGAGAACAAGCUGGGGAUUCUGCCUGUAGGACUGGAGAGCAAGCUGAGGAUCUUGUCUUCAAGACUGGAGAGUAAGCUGAAGAACCUGCCUGUAUGACUGGAGAGUAAGCUGAAGAACCUGCCUGCAGGACUGGAGAGUAAGCUGAAGAACCUGCCUGCAGGACUGGAGAGUAAGCUGAAGAACCUGCCUGCAGGACUGGAGAGUAAGCUGAAGAACCUGCCUGCAGGACUGGAGAGUAAGUUGAAGAACCUGCCUGCAGGACUGGAGAGUAAGCUGAAGAACCUGCCUGCAGGACUGAAGAACCUGCCUGUAGGACUGGAGAGUAAGCUGAAGAACCUGCCUGCAGGACUGAAGAACCUGCCUGCAGGACUGGAGAGCAAGCUGAGGAUCUUGCCUUCAAGACUGGAGAGCAAGCAGAUGAUCCUGUUUGCAGACUAGAGAGCAAGCUGAAGAACCUGCCUGUAGAAUUGUAGAGAAAGCAGAGGGUCCUACCUGAAGGACUGGAGAACUAGCAGAGGAUCUUGCCUUCAAGACUGGGGAGCAAGCAGGGGAUCUUGCCUUCAAGACUGGGGAGCAAGCUGAAGAACCUCCUUGUAGAACUGUAGAGCAAGCUGAGGUUCCUACCUUCAGGGCUGGAGAGCAAACUAAGGAUCCUGUCUGCAGACUGGAGAGCAAGCUGAGCAACUUGCCUGCAGAAGUGGAGAGCAAGACUGCAGACUGAAGAGAAAGCUGACGAUCCUGCCUUCAGGACUGGAGAGCAAGCUGAGGAACCUGACUGCAGCCUGGAGAGCAAGCUGAGGAACCUGACUGCAGCCUGGAGAGCAAGCUGAGGAACCUGACUGCAGCCUGGAGAGCAAGCUGAGGAUCCAGCCUCCAGGACUUGGGAGCCAACUGAGGAUCGUGUCUUCAAGACUGGGGAGCAAGCAGGGGAACCUGACUGCAGACUGGAGAGCAAGCAGAGGAGCCUGCCCUGCCUGCCUGUGGUCCUCAGUGGAUGCUUCCGGAGAGAAGCAGAGAUGCAGCAGUGAUGGGCUAGAGAGAGCUACACCCAGCCAGGGAGCCAGGGAAGUGAAUGAGGCAUAGGAUGAAGUGGGGAUCAGCAUCUGCCCCCUCAGCCUGGCUCUAUCUCUAGGACAUGUGCAGCACUGAUCCCUCAUUGUCUAGGAUGGAUCUUCCUGGCACCUGUGGACUCUUUCUCCCCCUACUCUGCAUUUUCAGUGCGAUCACCCCUCAGACCUCCCAACAAGUCCUUAGGAUCGGAGGGAUUUUCGAGACACAAGAAAAUGAGCCAGUAAAUGUGGAAGAACUAGCCUUCAAGUUUGCAGUGACCAAUAUAAACCGGAACAGAACCCUGAUGCCCAACACAACCCUGACCUACGACAUCCAGAGGAUCAACCUGUUUGACAGCUUUGAAGCUUCCAGGAGAGCUUGUGACCAGCUUGCCCUCGGGGUAGCGGCAUUGUUUGGCCCUUCUCACAGUUCCUCGGUCAGCGCAGUCCAAUCGAUCUGCAACGCUCUGGAGGUUCCCCACAUCCAAACCCGAUGGAAACACCCCUCAGUGGAUAAUAAAGACACGUUUUUCAUCAAUCUCCAUCCAGACUAUGCUGCCAUCAGCCGAGCGGUGCUGGACCUGGUGUUACAUUACAGCUGGAAGACAGUGACUGUGGUGUAUGAAGAUAGUACAGGUUUAAUUCGCCUGCAAGAACUCAUCAAGGCCCCAUCAAGAUACAACAUCAAAAUAAAAAUCCGCCAAUUACCCUCAGGAAACAAGGACGCUCGGCCUCUGCUCAAAGAGAUGAAGAAAGCCAAGGAGUUUUAUGUGAUAUUUGAUUGCUCGCACGAAACCGCCGCCGAGAUCCUCAAACAGAUCCUCUCCAUGGGAAUGAUGACCGAAUAUUACCAUUACUUCUUUACAACAAUGGACCUCUUUGCUCUUGACCUUGAGCCAUACAGAUACAGUGGAGUAAAUAUGACUGGAUUCCGCCUACUUAACACUGACAAUCCUCAGGUGUCAUCUGUCAUCGACAAGUGGUCUAUGGAACGUCUACAAGCACCACCCAGGCCUGAAACCGGUCUCCUAGAUGGAAUGAUGACAACAGAUGCUGCCCUGAUGUAUGACGCUGUCUAUAUGGUCGCUGUUGCAACACAAAGAGCUGGCCAGCUGACUGUCAGCUCUCUACAAUGUCACCGUCACAAGCCGUGGAGAUUUGGACCUCGAUUUAUGAACCUCAUUAAGGAGGCACGGUGGGAUGGUUUGACAGGUCGGAUCACCUUCAAUAGAACGGACGGCUUGAGAAGAGAUUUCGAUUUGGAUAUUAUUAGCCUGAAGGAAGACGGCAUGGAAAAGGCUCCGGGAGAAACUACUAGUCAUUUAAAUAAAGUUUGGAAAAAGGUCGGAGUUUGGAACUCAAACAUCGGCCUUAAUAUGACCGACAAUGCAAAAGACAAGUCCACUAAUAUAACAGACUCACUAGCCAACCGGACACUUAUAGUCACCACCAUCUUGGAGGAUCCAUAUGUCAUGUACAAAAAGUCUGACAAGCCCUUGUAUGGAAACGACAGAUUCGAGGGAUACUGCUUGGAUUUACUCAAGGAGCUCUCCAACAUUCUUGGCUUUAUUUAUGAAGUCAGGCUGGUGGCAGAUGGCAAAUACGGGGCACAGAAUGACAAAGGAGAGUGGAACGGAAUGGUCCGAGAGCUCAUCGAUCAUAAAGCCGACCUGGCGGUUGCUCCUCUCACAAUCACCUACGUAAGAGAGAAGGUAAUAGACUUCUCCAAGCCAUUCAUGACCCUGGGAAUCAGCAUCUUGUACCGGAAACCUAAUGGCACCAAUCCUGGAGUCUUCUCUUUCCUCAACCCGCUGUCUCCUGACAUAUGGAUGUACGUCCUACUCGCCUGCCUGGGAGUUAGUUGUGUCCUGUUUGUCAUCGCAAGAGCGUGAGCAAAGUCUGGAUCAGGAUUGGCUGUCAUGUCUGCCAUAUUAAAGAGACUUCAGCAAGUAUUGUCUCUGACCCAGAUUCCUGAUAGAAACACUUGCAUGCUGAUGUUGUCCUGUAUAUGUUGACUUGACAAUGAUUUUGGAUUCUAGGCCAGGUACAAGAGGCCUCUGGCUUUUCAGGUGGGGUUAAAGGAAAGGUGAUGAAAACUCUUCUGUCCUACUGCCUGAAGAGCCAGAUGCUCAAAAACCGUGAAUGUAUAGACUGAGCUUAACAAAUGUUUCUCCUGUAUCAGUCAUGAGCUUCUAGUGCUAACAAUAUUUAACACAGAUUUAGAUUUAAAAAAGUAUCUAAUCUAAAAAAACAUAAUAAUUAAUAGUAAUAAAAAUUACACCAAUGGAAUACAAUAAUAAUUUAUCAAAAAUACUUAGUAAAAAACUGUCCAUAACAAAGAAAAGGUGGGUCAUCUGGUUCUGAAACCCAUUUUCAAGGACCUUGUUAGGGUAUCCUCAAAUAGGACCUUGUUAGGGUAUCCCCAAUAAAGGACACCAACAGUUAUCCAGGACAAAUGUGCCUGCAAGGAGUGUCUCUUGCCCUGGAGGGCCUGGCACAUCGAUACCUUACAUUGACUGGCCAAUGCUUUAAAUAGGUUGGGUGUAAUGCUUCAUUUCACCUGUGGCGGUGCUGCAGUGUUGGAUACAUACUGCUAGGUGCUUUUGCAGUUUAUAGCUAGUCACUGAUGAUCGCAGCAUUGGGACAACUUGUGGUCAGCCUAUUUUUAUGGGGCUAAGUUAAAGGUGGUUUGGAGAAGUAGAGUAGUUAAUUGGGAUCAACCAGGAUCAACCUGCAGAUGGGACAAUGUGAGAAGUGGCCAACAGGGAAAGGAAGAGGGAAAAAGAAUUGAGAAUCUUGACCUGUGGCUGAGGUCAAGACAAAAUAAAUUGGCAGGAUAUCGAAACCUUUACAGACAAACCAACUUUUUGACACAUGUAAAAUCAUGGUAAUCGUCAUAGUCUUUUUCCAUGUCCUGAUCUCAUAUAUUGAGGAUUUUUUUAGAUGGAUCAUGUUUCGAUUGCUCCUGAAGAAUGUUUUUUUUUUUUAUUCACUACGUUCUAGUUUAGCAUCAUAAAGCUAUGUUCUCACGGCGGUAUUUCAGAGUGAAAUUUUGUGGGGAUAUUCCACUCGAUGCAGGAGAGUCUUAUAGAUUUCUAUAGGAUUCUGUUGCACAGUGCACAUGGUGGAAAUCCCGAUUCCGGCGUCCACAGAAACAUUGAACCGAUUCUGCUCGGAAAUGCAUUGCCAUCUAUGAAAAUGAGGCAUUUCUGAGCGGUCCUGGUACUGCCGGAACAUGCAAAUGUGAGGAAUGCUAGCCUGGACAUUCUGCACAUUUUCGGUCAUGUGAACAUAGCCAUAAUGAGUCUGAGCUUAGUUUAAUGUUAAAUGAUGGAUACACUCAUAUACUUAUUUAAUUUUGUAAUAGAAUAUGACCACUGGUUGAAGCUCCAUCUGCAAUCCUUGCUUUAGAGUGUUGUCAUAAAAUCCCCUUAAAAGCUAUGGACACCUUUGCAGACUGUUUUUAAAUAGCAUUCUAUGUAUUUUAUUAAAUACAACAUUUUUACAUUUGAUUCUAGUCAACAUUUUAGACCGGUCAUCUUCUACAGAUUGCAUGUCUUGCAAUACAGUACAAGCUGCUGGAUGCUGUUAAGUGCUCAUUCAUUCAUUCAGGUGAACUCUCUAUUGGUUCAGCCUCUCUCUGCUCUUCAGAAUGUUACUUUAAGCCACUGUUUCCCAACCAGGGUGCCUCCAGC